ACAAUUUUAGUAAAUAUUAGUCGAGGAAGAAGAACACAUCUUUGCUGCAACCGAUUUGGACAAGUCAUGAGCGGAUGUCCGUACUUUGAGAAGAGGCAUUUGUUAUUCAAAAACAAGCCUCCCAAAACAGAGGAAGACGAGGAUGCCGCUCAGGCGGGAGAUAACAAGGCCAGUAAAGGAGGAAUCAUCUAUGGAGACUACCUGCAGCUCGACAAAAUAGUCUCAGCACAGGUGUUGCAGAGUGAAGUAAAGGGUAAUAAGAUCCAUGAUGAGCACCUCUUCAUUGUCACCCAUCAAGCCUAUGAACUGUGGUUCAAACAGAUUUUGUUUGAGCUUGAUUCAGUGCGAGAUAUCUUCAUCAGUGGCCACGUCAGAGACGAGCGCAAUAUGCUCAAAGUCAACACUCGCAUCCACAGGAUCGUGAUGAUCUUCAGACUGCUGGUCGACCAGUUUGCCGUUUUGGAAACAAUGACAGCCUUGGACUUUUUCGACUUUAGGGAAUAUCUGGCUCCGGCCUCUGGAUUCCAAAGCCUCCAGUUUCGGAUCUUGGAGAACAAAAUCGGGGUCCCGGAUAACCUGAGGGUACCAUACAACAGACGUCAUUACAGGGACAAUUUCAAGGGUCAUGAGAGCGAGAUGCUGCUCGCCACUGAACAGGAGCCAACACUCUUAAAACUGGUGGAGGAGUGGCUGGAGAGAACUCCUGGCUUGGAGGCGGAUGGAUUCAAUUUCUGGGAACGGCUGGAAAUCAAUAUAUUUGAUGGGCUGAAUCAGGAGAAGGAGAAAAUUGAGAAAAUGGCAGAUUCAGAGGACAAGGAGGAGAUGAUGGCUGAGCUGGUCAAACAGAAGGAGCUGUUCACGUCUCUGUUCGAUGAGAAGCGUCACGACCAUCUCCUCAGCAAAGGUGAGAGGCGGAUCUCUUACAAGGCUCUCCAAGGUGCCCUGAUGAUCUACUUCUACAGGGAAGAGCCGAGGUUCCAGGUUCCCUUCCAGCUGCUCACAUCCCUCAUGGAUAUCGACACCCUCAUGACAAAAUGGCGAUACAAUCACGUAUGCAUGGUGCAUCGUAUGAUUGGCAGCAAAGCCGGCACGGGGGGUUCAUCCGGCUACCACUACCUGAGAUCCACUGUCAGUGACCGCUACAAAGUGUUUGUGGAUCUGUUCAAUCUGGCAACGUUCCUGGUGCCUCGCGACUGGGUGCCCAAACUGAAUCCCAACGUUCAUACGUUUCUCUACAUGGCCGAAUGCUGCGACAGCUCCUACUGCAGCAGUGAGGACUCAGACUAAGGGGGCGUAUCAGUCGUCUGUUAUGGCUUCCUUUCUUUCUCUGUAACUGACCUAAAAACAGAAGAUCCUUUACACAGCUGAAAAGUUUUAGCGGCAGGUGCACAGGUAAAAAUAGGUUGCAAUCAAAACAUGCAAAGAGGAACUUAUUUCCUUAAAAAGACACACAGUUUCAAUCUUUUAAGCUCACAUAUGCAUAAGAUAUGAAAGCCCAUAAACUAAAAAAAAAUCAUUUUCUCAAGAAAUUAUGGCAUUUCCAGCCUAGUUGCCAAAAUAAAACCACAGAUAUUUAAUAUAUAUCAUAUCAACAUUUCUAAAGAAGAUUACAUGUAUAUGAGCUAAAUUUCCUAAAAGGAGGACAAGGGUGUGGUGGAUGGUGUGACACCUAUACGAGGCGGUUGUCUUGCAGCAGAUAGAAGCAGAUCACAUUUAGAAACCAAUAAACAACAAAAGUUGAAUUUUUUUUAGUGAAAGUUUGGGACAUUUCCAUCCAUGUUCCGGCAACCAAACCGAGUAUUUUAUACCAAAACAUGUUGUUUUCCCAACAUAAAGAUUUUUUUGCACCUUAACCUAACAAUACGUUAACGAUCGCGUUGCGACACAAAAAAGAAAAUCUAAAAUUGAAACAAAGUUUUUAUGUAUUUAACACUCAAUUACUACAUUGGAUGAUGAGAGAAACUGAAACACUCAAUAACAUGGCAAUUUUGCAGCAUUUUGCAAUUUAAUUUGGUGAGUUUUUUUCUAGUUAAAAAAAGAUUGAGUGAAACGCAGCACAUGGAGGGGUCAUUUGACCCGUUUGACUAUCUAAACCACCAGAAUAUCCAUUAGGGAGAAACAUUUGAUACCAUGAUGGUAAUAUUAUUAUAAUAACAUAUUGUGUUCAUUUUAAUGUCACGCAAGGUGACAAAUAUCUCUUUUCAUCUCACUGGGACACUAAAAGCAGACCAGAUAUCCCACAAUUAUGUUAACAAAGAAAAGAACAGCAAAUUGCCGGUUCAUUAGUUACAUAAGGCUGCAGCGCCGAGGUUCACACACCAGAGACUUGUGACCCUGAAUAAUUCAAAUGGCCAAAUUAGACUAUUUUACCCUCAUUUCUAAUCUUGACCGGCCACAAAGUACAGCAGAUGGCUCCUUGAUAAAAUUUGCUUAGAUGUUUUCUCAAUACAAUUAUGUAAAUUCACUGCGACUGACCUGAAAGCAAAUGGAUCAAUAAGCAGUGAUCAAACCGGUGGCGCCGAUGGGUUUUUUUUUACUAACGCGUUAUCUUUAAUGUCAGCAUGAGGAAGCAGUCCAAGAGGGAACCAUUUCAGACUAGAGGAUAUAUAAAGGUGUAUAUAUAAAUGACAAUAAACCUCUUUAUCAACAAUCAAUGUCAACAUCUAAAGUAGCGACAGUAGUAACAAUUUGCACAGCACAAUAUAUCUGUACAUAAUGUUAAUAAUGUAGUUGUGUAAUAAUGUGUUUUGUAUAGUAUGCUCUAUGGUAUUACAUCAAUUUUGUUGUGUAUUUAUGCAGUGGUUGAUCUCUGUAUACAUAAAUGUAAGGGCCAUAUCACCCAAAACAUGUAUCUACCUUAUGUAUUUGCUAAGAUAAGUUUUUUUUGUACAGUGCAUGUAUUCUUGUUUUAUUUUUGCAGUGUUGUGCAUGUUGAUUGCUCAGGUAUGAUCCAAGACUUAUCAGCAUAUAAAGUGAUUUAUUUUGUUUUGGUGAUGUAACAUGGUGACAUUUCAAUAAAAAAACAUUAUUUAAAGUGA